CUGCUCAGUCAAUUUCGUAGAGGCCAACGGAGAACAUCGAAGUGAGCAAAAAUAAAAAACGGGCCAAACUGUGCCCAUCGUUGUCUUCGCUUUCGCUUCAAUAAAUAUGUACCUCGCCACAACGAAAACAACGUCUUCACUGCCAGUAUUAUCGAGCAGAGGGUGAACAAUAUUAAACAAAAUAUAGGAAAUAAACAAAUCGCCAAUUUUGUACUUAAUUUUCCACUUACGGAUUUAAAAAAAAAUUACAACCAUAAGAAAAAUAUGGACUGAAGUGUGAUAUAUUGUACCAGACAAAUUUUUGUGAGUGCUAACAGAAUACUUAAUUUUGAUAAUCGCCUGUACAUAUGUAUAUCUGUUGCGUCAAUCUGCCGUCUUGUGAACAAUCUCUGUCAACGUAAGCAAACUUACAUCUGUAACACACAAAAUAAACACAAAAAAACGUUCAAUUUUAAAACCAAAUAAAAACACGCAGUCUGUAAAGUAUAUAAGUUCAUACAUACAACUAUAUUUACAUGCAUAUAUGACAAUUUGUUUGUAUGUUUCGUAAAUAUCACGAUAUUGUGGAAUGUUAAAAUUCGUCAGAACAGCUGCAUAGUUAUAGGAAUUUAUUUGCACAGUCAGCUACAACAAAAAUAUACACAAAGUACCAACUCUUAUAACAAGCAUACAAUAAUUUUCAAAGCACCAUGGAGAUGCGUUCAAAACUUGGUAGCUUCGAGCUGAAAGACUGUAGUGCUGAGAGUGCCGCCGAACGUUUACUUUCAAUUAUACAUACAGAACCAGUUAAGGUAAAUCGUAAACAUGGGGCCAUUUCAUUUUCAGAAGCUUUAUCGCUUACCGGUUUUGGUAAGUUCAAUUACUUCCUCAUCUUCAUCUGUGGCAUGAUUUUAGCGAAUGUCCUAUUGGAGACUGCGGCUAUGGGUUUUAUAUUACCAAUUGCACAAUGUGACUUAAAUCUUACAAAUCAGGACAAGGGCAUCUUGAGCGCUAUAAGCUUUGCUGGUAUCAUUACAAGUUCGCAUCUGUGGGGCUUUUUGGCGGAUACAAAGGGACGCCGGAAAGUGAUCAGACCGACGUUGUUGGCUGGAUUCAUAGUAACCCUAUUCUCCAGUUUCUCGCACACAUUUUGGGUUAUGGUUUUGUUGCGAUUUAUUAAUGGAUUUUUCGUGUCUGGCGGUUCGGCAACAGUUUAUGCCUACCUAGGCGAAUUCCACACGGAUAAGACCCGUUCGCGCGCUAUGAUGGGUUCAUCAUUUAUCUUCGCCAUCGGUGCCAUGAUUUUGCCAAUGAUUGCCUUUAUUGUUAUAAACCAAGACUGGGUGCUGCCUUUGCCAUUUUUGGGCAUCGUUUACAAGCCAUGGCGUUUAUUUUUGAUCGUCUGUGGCAUACCAGGUCUACUUUGCGGCUUGUCGAUGUUUGCUUUGCCCGAGAGCCCAAAAUUCUUGCUGGCCCAUGGCAGAGAAGCAAAAGCUAUUGAGGUGCUGCAGAAGAUGCAACGUUGGAACGGUGGUACUCAAGAUAUGAAGCUAAAGCACAUUCUUCCCGAAGAAGAACAGCCUGGCUCUAUGAUGCAGUUAAAUAACAAAUCGGCUUCUAAAGAAAACUUUGCCACCGCCUUCAUGAAGAGCAUGUGGAAUCAAACAGUGCCUCUGUUUCACAAACAAUACAUUCGCGUCACAUUGAUCGUUUGCAACAUGCAAUUCUGGUUGUAUGUGGUGACGAAUGGCAUGUAUAUGUGGUUCCCUCACAUAAUCAACAGCAUGGUCGAGUUCAUGAAUGCUCACCCAGGCGAACAUAAACAGAUCUGCCAUAUUGUAUAUGACAAACAUGAGAGCUUAUAUAAGACUGAUGGUACAAUGGAAUGCGUAGCUAAAUUGGAAAAUACAACAUACUUUUACUCACUAAUUAUGGAAAUCUUGUACGCUUCCUCCUUUGCUUUCAUUGGCUUGAUCAUCAAUCGUGUUGGCAAAAUGACCAUUCUUUUCAUUUCCACAAUAUUAUUUUCCUCAUGCGGCCUCGCUGCUGUAUUUGUGGCCGACCCCUCGAUUGCCGCGUACCUGUAUGUCCUUUUCUUUUUAGUGGGGGUAGCGAUAAAUGUUCUAGGAGCGGCUACUGUUGAGCUUUACCCAACCCAAAUGCGUGCCAUGGCUAUAUGCGUUUCGCUGAUGUUUGGCCGCUUAGGAAGUGUUGUAGGCGCUAAUAUAGUGGGCGCGCUGCUUGCCAAUAACUGCGAACUGACUUUUUAUGCCGCCUGUAUUGCUUUGUAUAUCUGCGCUUGUAUGGCACUUCUGAUUCCACGAAGAACCAUGGCGCCUCCAGCUAAACCCGGCUUGGACGAGGCAUAGAAUUGUGACCUGUUAUGUAUUUUAAAUUGCGACUUAAAUGCGGGAAGCAGACUUAAUUUCGCGACAACUGGAAAGGAUAAGAACGCCGUUACUAUAUAUUGUGAUGAUUGUUUGUAUUGUUUUUUGUGUGUGUGCUUAUUUUAUUAUUACUUUGUGUGCAAGAGUUUAAUUAAUUUUUCUUGUAUGUGUGGAAGAGAUUGAGCGAUUGGUUGUCUAGCUUAGAAAAUGUGAAUUGAGUAAAGAAUUUAAUAAAGGAAUUGAAAAAUUUAAUAUAUCUAUA